AUGGUUGAGCCUACUUUUGCUGUACCAACCAAAUUCUCUCCAAGCCCAACCAAAUUUUCCCCCCCUCAACAACCAAUAGCCUUGACAUCUCAAUCAACGGGGAACCGAAACGCGAUUAAAGGUGUCAUUGGCUCAUCCCUGAAUGCAAGUGCGGGGUCGUGCGGUGGGCUGACGAUUAACGCUGAUCACACGCCUCUCGGAUUCGGAAUUCCUACUCAUUGUCAAGCUUUGGCAAGUAACAAAAAGAACCCAAAGGCUGAGGGGGCUUAUCCGGUAAUCUCAACACCAUCAAAAGGUAAAGCUGUCCAGAGAAAGACACCCGACGGCUUGGAUGAUGAGGGCCACACCUCGAAUGACCAGGCAUCUGAUGACAACGACAAAAGCGGCGAUGAGGAGCAAAUUACGCCCCCUACCAAAGCUAAGCGGGGCCGGCCCCACAAGGAUGUUCUUAAAGAGGCGGCAAAAAGGAUGAGAAAGUACUAA